AUUCGUGCUCAGGAAACCCGGGUUCUCAGGUGUCCCUAUUGGAUAAUUGCCCCCUUUCCUGCUAUAAUGACGCGUUCAACGGCCCUAGAAGGCAUUUCGAUGCAUCCACCUAACCCGGUGGAAGGGCUCACGUCAAAUCCAGGGCCCCUUACGAGAGUUGAGGAGGUUGAGGGGUGGUAAUGAUGAGUGGCUCCCGAGUCGUCUUAUAUAUAAGAUGAAGGGGCCUAUUCUAGACAGAUAAGCCAGCUGAGAAGGUAUUUUUCUAGUGUCUACUCGCUGGUUCCCUUCGUAUAUUAUUAUCGAAAUGUGGAGGAAUUGUUUGUGGGUUCUCGCCCACUGCUUCUUUUUGGGUUGUGUGUCUGGAAUAGUAGAACCUACCGAAUGUAAACCUGUCUUCUUGACUACGACGGUGUUUGUGUCCACUACCAUAUAUACAUCCGCCCCGUCUAACGUAACAACUGCGCCGUCGAGUUCAAGCGCGCCAUGGGGCAAUAUAACCACGACUGCGGAUUCCAGCAGCGUAGGAACUACAACUAGUAUUCCAUUUGGCAACACUACCACGAGUGGUACAAGCGCGAGUUCUAGCGUAGGAACAACAAGCAGCGCCCCGUUUGUAAAUACGACAAGUGCCACAACUGUGAGUUCCACAUUGGGAACCACCAGUUUUGGCAAUACGACUACAAGCGCUACGACUGUAAGCUCUAGCUUAGGAACUACGAGCAGUAUCCCCUUUGGAAAUACCACUACGAGUUCUGCCACAAGUGCUCUCCCAACGGCGACACCUAGCAACCCUUCCCCGCCGUGGCCGUCCCCCCAAACACCCCCUAAGCCUUUUAGGGGAUUUAAGAAUGCCGUAUAUUUCACGAACUGGGGCGUUAACUCGGGGUUUCAUCCACAGGAGCUACCGGUUUCCGAGCUUACACAUAUCCUAUAUGCCUUUGCCGACAUCGACACAGACGGGACAGUGAAGUCUUCAGACCCAGUCAUAGAUCUUGAUAAGCGCUACCCCGGGGACUCGCACCGGAACUUCACCAAAGAAGUCUACGGCGCCGUGAAACAGCUGUACAUCCACAAGAAAUACAACCGGAACCUCAAGACCAUCCUUUCGGUAGGCGGCUGGAAUUAUUCGCCCAAGUUCGCCGGAGCAGCCGCGACCGAUGCUUCCAGGCACACGUUCGCGGCGUCUGCCGUGAAGCUGGUGACGGACUGGGGCUUCGAUGGAAUCGAUCUGGACUGGGAGUAUCCUGUUAACGAGGUCGAAACGGCGAAUUUCGUCAAGCUCCUGGAGGAGUGCCGGCGUGAGUUCGAUAAAUACUCCCUCUUAAACAGUGUGCGAUAUCAUUUCUCCAUCAGCGUGGCGAGUCCAGCCAGCCCGGUGAACUACGGUAAAUUCGACCUGGUUGCUAUGGAUAGAUACGUGGAUACCUGGAAUUUGAUGUCGUACGACUACUCGGGAAGCUGGGAUACCGUCAGCGGCCACCAAGCGAACGUAUUUGCGUACGGCAGCGCGGCUGCCCCCAAGAAACCCAGCACGGACGAAGCGGUACGACACUACCGGGCGCACGGAAUCGCAUCAGAGAAGAUCCUGAUGGGCCUACCCGUGUACGGCCGCGCCUUCGAGGGCACCGCCGGUCUCGGGCAGAACUACUCGAGCGUCGGAGAAGGGGGGCCGCAACCGGGCGUCUGGUACUACCGAGACCUACCCAAGCCAGGGGCAGAGCAGCUGUGGGACGACGUCGCGAAGGCCACGUACAGCUACGAUCCGAGGACGAGGGAGUUCAUCUCCUACGACGACAUCCGCAGCACGACGUACAAGGCACACUACCUCCAGAGCCAUCGCCUGGGGGGCGCCUUCUUCUGGGAGGCUAGCGGUGACAAGGCGGGUGGCCGGAGCUUGAUCAACACCAUGUCGAAGAACUUGGAUUGGCUGGAUGAGAACUGGAACAACCUUUACUACCCGACCAGCCAGUAUCGCAAUAUAAGACGGGGAAUGCCAGAUGAAUGAAUGGGCUGACUUGUAAUGGUUACCUAGGUCAGGUAGUUACACAGGCCUGCCGACCUAGGUAAGUGUAUGCGGUAUUUGGGAAUGGCGCAGGUCUAUCCUUUAGUAGCCUAUCUAAAACAGUUGUGGUACUGCUUUUCUUCAAAAGGGGGUUACUCCUGAUGGUAGCGUACGUGAGACCUUGUCAGAUAAGGUUCGACACGUUUUGAGGCACAAGUAUCUU